AUGAUGAGAAGCUCACUUUUUCGAUUACCUAAGAGUACAGUUACAGUAGCCAAUUAUUCAACUAGAAGAAAGACCUUUAAAGUUGUGGAAGUUGGAGCUAGAGAUGGUUUACAGAAUGAAAAGACGAUAGUACCGGUUGAAACAAAAGUUUCGUUGAUCAAUAAAUUGAGUGAUUGUGGUUUGAAGACUGUUGAAGCUACUAGCUUCGUUUCUCCAAAAUGGGUACCUCAAAUGGCUGAUCACAAUGAAGUAAUCACGAAGAUUUUCAAAAAACAAGGUGUCUCCUAUCCCGUGCUCGUACCGAACUUGGCAGGCUUCAAGAAUGCUUUAGGAAAUGGGAAUGUUAGAGAAAUCGCCGUGUUUGGCGCUGCAUCAAACUCAUUCUCAAAGAAAAAUGUGAACGCUACAAUCGAAGAGAGUUUGAAGAAACUAGAAGACGUUACGAGAGCUGCGAUUAAAGAGGAUAUUCUAGUUCGAGGAUACGUGUCAUGUGUAGUUGGAUGUCCGUAUGAGGGUCCCAUAGAUCCCAACAUUGUCGCCCGCGUCACUGAAGCUUUACUUUCCUAUGGAUGUUACGAAGUUUCUCUCGGAGAUACUAUUGGCGUUGGUAGUGCAGGUUCUGUCAAGAGAAUGCUUGAUACAGUUCUCCAAAGCGUACCAGCGGAGAAACUUGCUGUUCACUUCCAUGACACGUAUGGUCAAGCUUUGACCAAUGUUCUCGUUGCCAUAGAUAAAGGUAUUACUGUAGCUGAUUCGUCUAUUGCUGGUCUGGGCGGAUGUCCUUAUGCCAAAGGUGCUACCGGAAAUGUGGCCACUGAAGAUCUCGUUUAUCUUCUUCAUGACUUAGGAUUCGAUACGGGUAUUAAUUUGAACAAGCUCAUAGAAGUAUCUAACUGGAUUUGCCAAGAAAUGGGUCGAAACAACAAUUCGCAUGUUGCAAAUGCUCUUUUAGCCAAACAAUUAAAAUUGUAG